UCCCUCAGGGCCGGGGCGCCCCGUCCCCGCCGCGCCGCACGGCUACCGCCGCCUUCCUGCCCUCCGGGGCGAGGAGGAACCUUUCUCCGCCCUGCGGAACCUUUGCGGCGGAGGUGCCUGUUGCUGCCCGGGGGAUCCUGCGGCUGCUCCGGCGGGGGGUGGGGGGCCGGACGCUGGGUGAUGCGGCCCCCGAGCGGCGGCUGAGAGCCCAGGCCGGGACGGAGGCGGGCGGGCGGCCGCCAGCUCCCGGGGCUCGCCGCGGCCCGCAGCCCCCCGCCCCCCGCCGAGGGCUGCCUCACGGUAGAACAUGAGCAGGUAAUGCACGAGGAGCACCACUGGGAAUCAUGUCAGACGAGUCAAUCUCAGGGAGUGAUCCGGACCUGGACCCGGACUUGGAGCAGGAGGAUAUGGAAGAGGAGGAGGAGGAGGAAGAUGAGGAGGAGGCGAUGGAGGAGGACAAUGAUGGGGAUGACGAGGAGGACUUACUUGAUGAGAGUGACCAACCCCAGGAAGCUGUGUUCAGUGGUGACCAUGUUGAACAUGCAGAGGAUGGAGAAUGGCAGUGCUCUACUUCAACUACCUCAUCUCAGAGUGAGCGGGCAGAGCGACUCUUGCAGAACCAGCACAAGAGCCUGGCCUCUGAGGACACCAAAAAGAAGAGGGCUCAGAAACCGUCUCACAUGCGGAGAAACAUAAGAAAGCUGUUGCGUGAGGACCAACUGGAAGCCGUGACAAAAGCAGCCCAGCAGGAAGAGUUGGAGAGAAGGAAACGGCUAGAGCAGCAGCGGAAGGAUUAUCCAGCCACUAUACCAACCGUACCCCUAGAGUUUCUUCCUGACGACAUCGUUUUCAGAACAGCAGAGGCUACCCAGCUCCCCCCUCAGGUCCUGGCUGAGGAAGUGAUCUGCCUAGAUAGUACCAGCAGUGGCAGUGAAGAUGAUACUAAAGGAAAAAAUAGCAUUAAAGAUGAAGUGAUUGAGCUGAGUUCAGGAGAGGAUGAUGCUCUCCAAAUUGUGGACAGCAGUGACUCUGGCAAUGAAGGGGAGGAGGAUGGCAGUGAAGAGAGCAGUGGCUCUCAUGUGAAUGAUGCCUUAAAUCAGUCAGACGCUCUGGGGCAAGUCAUUGUCAACAUCAACCAUCCACCAAAUGAGGAGGACAUUUUUCUGGCUCCCCAGCUUGCACAUGCAGUAAAACCUCAUCAGAUUGGUGGGAUCCGAUUCCUGUAUGACAACUUGGUCGAGUCCUUGGAGAGAUUUAAAACCAGCAGUGGGUUUGGGUGUAUUUUAGCACAUAGCAUGGGCCUGGGCAAGACCAUACAGGUCAUCUCUUUCUUGGAUGUACUUUUUCGACAUACGGAAGCAAAGACUGUUCUUGCCAUUGUACCUGUGAAUACACUCCAAAACUGGCUAGCAGAAUUCAACAUGUGGCUCCCAGCACCUGAAAACCUUCCUGCUGAUUAUAACUCCAAAGAGGUCCAGCCCCGCACCUUCAAAGUCCACAUCCUGAAUGAUGAACACAAGACAACAGCUGCACGUGCAAAGGUGGUGAAUGACUGGGUGAUAGAAGGUGGUGUGCUGCUGAUGGGAUACGAGAUGUACCGUCUCCUCUCACUGAAGAAGUCCUUUGCCACUGGCAGGAAGAAGAAAACAAAGAAACAAACUGGCCCUGUUAUUAUUGACUUGGAUGAGGAAGACCGGCAACAAGAGCUUCUGAAAGGGAUUGAGAAAGCUUUGUCUCGCCCUGGCCCAGAUGUGGUUAUUUGUGAUGAGGGACACCGGAUAAAGAACUGCCACGCCAGCACUUCGCAGGCCCUGAAGAACAUCCGCUCCCGCCGGCGGGUGGUGCUGACAGGCUACCCGCUCCAGAACAACCUUAUUGAAUAUUGGUGCAUGGUAGACUUCGUCCGACCUGACUUUUUAGGCUCCCGGCAGGAAUUCAGCAACAUGUUUGAGCGCCCUAUCCUGAACGGGCAGUGUAUUGACAGCACCCCUCAAGAUGUCCGUCUCAUGAGGUAUCGCAGUCAUGUCCUGCAUAGCCUGCUGGAAGGCUUUGUGCAGCGGCGAGGCCACAAUGUGCUGAAGGUUCAGCUCCCAUCUAAGGAAGAACAUGUCAUUUUGGUACGUCUGUCAAAGAUCCAGCGGGCCCUUUAUACGGAGUUCAUGAACAGAUUCCGAGAUGCAGGCAACAGUGGCUGGCUGGGACUGAACCCACUCAAAGCUUUCUGCGUCUGUUGUAAGAUCUGGAACCAUCCAGAUGUGUUGUAUGAAGCUCUGCAAAAGGAGAAUCUGGCAAAUGAGCAGGAUUUGGAUGUGGAUGACCUUGGCACAGCAAGUACUAAUUCCCGCUGCCAGCCUCAGGGAAUUAAAGUCAAAACAGAGAGUAAUGCUUUGCCAUCACCAGUUGGAGAAGCUACCAAUAGCAAGUUCCUCCAGAGUGUUGGCUUCAACCCUUUUCAGGAGAGAGCAAAUCAGGUCGUUACUUAUGAGUGGGCCAAAGACAUCUUGUGUGACUACCAGACAGGAGUCUUGGAGAACUCACCCAAGAUGGUGUUACUGUUCCACCUAAUCGAGGAAAGUGUGAAGCUUGGAGACAAGAUCUUGGUCUUCAGCCAGAGCUUGUCCACCUUAUCUGUCAUUGAAGAAUUUUUGGCAAAGAGACCGAUGCCGAGUCCUCCAGGCUCAGAUGGAGGAGUUCACAACUGGGUCCGAAACAUCAACUAUUACAGACUGGAUGGUAGCACCUCUGCCUCGGAAAGGGAACGUCUGAUUAACCAGUUCAAUGAUCCCAGCAACACCUCUGUUUGGCUCUUCCUUUUGUCCACACGUGCUGGGUGUUUGGGUGUCAACCUCAUUGGAGCAAACAGAGUGGUGGUGUUUGACGCUUCUUGGAACCCAUGCCAUGACGCCCAGGCUGUGUGCCGAGUGUAUCGCUACGGGCAGAAGAAGCCAUGCCACAUUUACAGGCUGGUUUCUGAUUACACCCUUGAGAAGAAGAUCUAUGACCGUCAAAUCUCCAAGCAGGGCAUGUCAGAUAGGGUGGUGGAUGAUCUGAAUCCAGUGCUGAACUUCACCCGACGGGAGGUGGAGAACCUGCUGCAUUUUGUGGAGGAGGAAUCUGACCCUGCUCAGCUCUCCCUCAAUCCAAGCAAGAUGAAGGAGUCUGUUCUACAAUUAGCCUGUCUCAAGUAUCCUCACCUCAUCACCAAGGAGCCUUUUCAGCACGAGUCGCUGCUGAUCGACCGGAAGGAGCACAAGCUGACCAAGGCAGAGAAGAAAGCAGCCAAGAAGAGCUAUGAGGAGGAAAAGCGAGCAUCCGUCCCCUACACCCGGCCGUCCUACGCACAGUAUUACCCAGCCAGUGACCAGAGUCUGACGAGCAUCCCUGCCUUUAGCCAGAGGAACUGGCGACCAGCCCUGAAGGGUGAGGACAAGCCGGUGGCAAGCGUCCGCCCAGUUCAAUCCACCCCCAUUCCUAUGAUGCCCCGACAUGUUCCCAUGGGCAGUGCAGGAUCAACUUCAAGUUCCAACCCUGCUGUCAACUUCCCCAUCAACUAUCUACAGCGAGCUGGUGUCUUUGUGCAGAAAAUUGUCACCACCACAGAUAUUGUGAUUCCGGGUACAAACACAUCCACUGAUGUACAGGCAAGGAUCAGUGCUGGUGAGAGCAUCCACAUCAUCCGAGGGACAAAAGUUGUUCUUCCAGGGACAUAUAUCCGGACCAGUGACGGGCGGAUUUUUGCUAUCCGGACCACUGGGAAGCCAAAGGGCAAUGAAGACCGUCGGACAGCUGCCUCAGGCUCCCAGAGCUCUUCACUGGAGUCCACAAGCAAUGGCAGACACAGUGCCUCAUCACCGCAGCUCCCCAGUGCGGAGGAGCUCACUCGGCCCAUAUCCCCUGACAGCCCCGAGAUCAUCAGCGAGCUGCAGCAGUACGCAGAGGCAGCAGCUGCCCGGGAGUCCCGGCACAGCUCACCCAGCACCAAUGCAGCACAAGGCCACCCUGCCCGCACGGACAACGCACCCGGCUUGGCAGCCCGAGGAGCCGAGCAGCGUGUGGGGAUUCACUGCAUGGCUCCCUCCGCAUCUUCAGCCCUGCCAGCCACCAGCCAGCACGCUGAUGCCCACUCGGUGUUGGACUUACGGGGCAACAAGCGCAAGUCGACCUCGCCAUCGGCUCCGGAGGAGCAAACCCGCAGGCAGCAGAAGAAGCGCCAGUUGCCAUCAUCCGUGCAGCCGUAUGAACACGGGUACCCCGUUUCUGGAGUUGAAAACCGAGGGGUUCUGAGCAAACUGCUGGACAACUUGUCUUUGGAUGCACCAUGGAAAUAAAAAUCAAACCCCCCCACAAAAGUAACAAAGCAAAUUAACUGAUGGUGUUCAUGCAAGUUUCUCCAAAGACUUGACAGUGCUGCAUCUGUGAGUCAUGCCCUCCUGUGCUCUGUGUGUCCACCUCAUGCACAACCCUGUGACACUGAUUGUAUGACGAGCUUGCCCAGAUGUCCGUUGCAUCCCUGUGAGGCUGUCAGUUUUCCGGUGGAUUUGGGGAAUGGACCUAGGCACAAGGGCCUUCCUUGUCGAGAGUAGCAAGUGUUGAGACCUGUGGGCGUGUGUGGGAGGCCAGAGCACAUGCAGACCCUCACCAGAGCCCUGCCACAGCCCCGGGCCUCACUGGUGGUGGUCAGGGUAGUGGGAUUCAUCUGAGGGAUCCUCCCCAGUCCUCUCUGAACGGGGCUUUGCUGUGGCUCUGUGCUGGGACAAGGCAUGAAGAUUUGGCUGGGGGCAGUCAGCACUGCGGCUCUGGCUGUGGUGCCGGUGGCUGCGUGCUGUUUUCUCUGCUCCUUGCCUCUCCAGGCGAGCACCCGGGGCUUCCUGAGCAGGCCCUGGCGCAUCCCCAUGCUGCUGCCUGAUGUCCUCCCGGGGUUCCCGGCGUAGCCUGAGCCCUGUGGCCGCAGGGGCUGGAGGUGACGGUGCUUGGCUGUGGCAGGGCGCUUGCUUCGUGCCGCGGGCUGGCCGAUAACCUCCUGGCACCAGGGCAUGGUGUGAAGGCUCUCCUGGCUCCGGUGUAGCGGUAGCAGCUCGGAGACCCCUCACCACCCUCCCGUGGUGCACCCCCAGACGCCACCUGCUGCGAGGGGCUUCUUCUCGCUGACCGAUGUCCAUGGCUGCGGGCAGCCACAGGACGGGGCCCCAGCAUAGGCAGCGCCUGCGUGGAGCCCCAGCCGCCCUCCCUGAGCGCUGGGCACGGCGCCUCUGCCCCAUACCAGCCCUGAGCAGCCCCGUAAUGAGGGGCCGGGUCCCCUGGGCCCCAUCAGAGCCUUGGCUGGGGGUGGUCACCGCAGGGCUCCCGUGGGCACUGGCAGCGGCUGGGGCUGCUCCAGGGCAGCUGGAGGCACCUGCUCUCCCACAGGGCUGUGGGAAGGGUUUCUGCCACCCCAUGGGGGCACGAGGGCGUGUGGGUGAUCCAGGGCCUUUCUGAGUGGGGGGAUCUCUCCUGAGCCCUGAAGUUCCCCCAUGGGGCUCCCUCUCCCCCCCAGCUGCCCUCCCCAGGCUUUUCUCCUCUUCAACACGUGGUUCUGCUGCCGAGGGUCCUGUCUCGGUUUCCCUGAGCCUGGAACAGGGGCUUUCCCUGCAUGGGUUAAAUUUUUCUUUUGCUGCUGAAUUUCUGUCUCCAAAUGACCGGAGAGAAGCAGCUGCUGGUUCGCAGCAGGGCUGCGGGUGACACCGAGGACAGCAGCGCAGGACACCCUGCUGGGGUGCUGGGACACUAAGGAACAUUUCUGAGCAGCCCUGAGGCCAGGACAGAGCCCAGGGGCCUCGCUGGUGCCCAGCUGCCCUCUGUGCUGGUGCCCAGCUGCCCUCCGCGCUGGCACCCAGCCCUCACCCUGCCCUUCGGUGGUAGGCAGAGCCGGGUGAGGGCCGGGUGCCACUGCUGGAUGUAGUGCCGGGGGCACAGCGGGGGCUUGGCUGCCCUGUGCCCCAGUCACAGCGGUUUUGUUACCCACCCCCACCCCCCGGCACGGUGCUUGGGGGUUGUGGGGGGGCUGCAGGGUGGGGGCUACAGCCUGGCCUGUGCUGGGCAGGGUCCGCUGCACGUUGGCCUCCCGCGGUGCCUGGGAGGUUUGUGGGGUGGGUGCAGGUACUCACAAAGCAAAUAUCCCGGCACACAAAGGAUGGGAUUUCCACAGGGGCUUCUCAAGAAAUAAUGUGUAUUUUGGCUUAAUGAUGUCAGUAAAUGGCUGAAUGCAAGAGAAUCGCUGUUGGUUUGUGGGUGGUUUCCAGGCCAACAGGGACAACUACACCAAAUACCUUCACAACUGGUGUUUCUCGCCACUCUGGGAUGAAUUUUGUUAAUCCAGUCCUGGAAGGACUGGAGAGUGGGGGGGGGCGGGCAAAGGUUAAAAGGGGAAUAUAGUCCAGCUAGAUUACAGUGAGGUGAUGGCUCCUUGAAACUGAGGGCAAGCGCUCCCUUUGAGGGGACGACGAUGUGAGUGCAGGAGAGCGACCUGCACCGCCUGCCCGAGCACCCCUGCGCCACCCUGCCGCCCGCGGCUGCCUUUGGGCUCCCACCCUGGUGGCACCCGGCUCGGAGCUGGAGUCUCUGCAGAUCCACGGCAGCCUGGAGGAAUCCAUCACUGAGUCUCGUUUUAGGUUUUCUGUUGGUUUGGGGGUUGGUUGUUGGGGUUUUUUAUUUCUCUUUUCUUUUUUACUACCACCUUAGUUUGUGGCCUGUCUUUUUGUGGUUGGAAAAAGGAGUAUUACUAGCAGGGUGGGUUGGUCGGUUGGCCCCGCGCAUGAUCAUGUGCUUCCCUCUUCUCUCUGUCAAACGGGAUGUGCUCGCCUGAUCUCCCAGAACAGAGACUUUGAACAAUGUUGUUUAUAUGAUGUAUUUAUUUUUACUUGUGUUUCAUGUCAUUUUUUUAAAAAAUAAUAAAUUGUAAGUUGGUAUAACUGC